AAAUUCCCCAUUUGUUUCCCGACCCAAAAUUUUCUGCUCUCUCUGGAAACUAGAAAACACUUUGUACCAUAACCUUGCAGCCACUGCAGAGAGCAGAUGAGUUCUCAAAAUGGCCACGACAGCCACCAACCGCAACAAACUGGUGAUAAUGUCACUGAAGUUGGAUGGUAUGUUCUCGGAGACGAUCAGCAACAAAUUGGUCCUUAUGUUUUCUCAGAGGUGCGCGAGCAUUUCUUAAAUGGAUACCUAUCAGAAAACACACUUUUAUGGUCUGAAGGAAGAACUGAGUGGCAGCAUUUGUCUUCAAUUUCUGUUUUGUGGGAUGAAAUUAACCGCCAAUCCCAUCAACCUGAUUCUUCUUCAACAGUCCAUCAGCCUGAUUCUUCUUCGACAACAGUGCCUGCUGCUGCUGAUGUUGAUGAGUUUGAAAAAUGGCAAAAGGAAAUUCAGGAGGCAGAGGCACAAGUGGAAAGUUCAGACUUUGGGUCGUUUUCUGGUGAUGUUGGUGGUGGUGGUGUAGUAGAAGAUCCGGAGAGACCUUCCACGCCGCCUGAUGGUGAAGAAGAAUUUACUGAUGAUGAUGGGACUAAAUAUAAGUGGGAUAGGAAUAUUAGGGCUUGGGUUCCCCAGGAAAUUAGGGAAGCACAAGCACAGGUGGAAGGUUUGGACUUUGGGUUGUUUUCUGGUGAUGUUGUUGGUGGUGGUGUAGUAGAAGAUUCAGAGAGACCUUCGACACCGCCUGAUGGUGAAGAAGAAUUUACCGAUGAUGACGGGACUAAAUAUAAAUGGGAUAGGAAUAUUAGAGCUUGGGUUCCCCAGGAGUGUACAUCUGGUAGUGCUGAGCCUUAUGGAGUUGAAGAGAUGACCUUCUUGAAAGAAGAGGAAGUUUUCCCAAUAGUAACUGAUUCUGAUGCUUCUAAAGUUGUUGAAGAUAGUUCAGAACUGAGUGUUACUGCAGCUUCCUCAAAGGAAGAAACAAAUGAAGCAAAUAAUACCAGUAUGGUAGCUGAUGGAAAGAGGAAGCUUUCAGAUAAACAAGAUGAAAAGAAGGAACCUAAUAAACCUCCUGACAGUUGGUUUGAAUUAAAAAUCAAUACACAUGUUUAUGUCACUGGGUUGCCUGAGGAUGUUACUACUGAUGAAGUUGUGGAAGUAUUUUCCAAGUGUGGAAUUAUAAAAGAGGACCCAGAAACUAAAAAACCUCGUGUUAAGCUCUAUGUUGAUAAAGAGACAGGAAGGAAAAAGGGAGAUGCUCUGGUUACAUAUCUUAAGGAACCAUCGGUGGCUCUAGCAAUCCAAAUUUUGGAUGGUGCGCCUUUUCGACCUGGUGGUAAGAUUCCGAUGACCGUCAGCCUGGCUAAAUUUGAGCAGAAAGGAGAGAAGUUUGUAUCCAAGCAAGCAGACAAUAGAAAGAAAAAGAAAUUGAAAAAGGUGGAAGACAAAAUGCUUGGAUGGGGUGGUCGUGAUGAUGCUAAAGUUUUAAUUCCAACAACUGUUGUCCUCCGCUAUAUGUUUACUCUUGCUGAAAUGAGGGCUGAUGAAAAUUUGCGCUUAGAACUAGAAGAAGAUGUUAAAGAGGAAUGCACGAAGCUUGGACCAAUAGAUGCAGUCAAGGUUUGUGAGAAUCAUCCACAGGGUGUUGUUUUGGUUAAAUUCAAGGAUAGGAAGGGUGCUCAGGCAUGCAUAGAAUUGAUGAAUGGAAGAUGGUUUGGUGGCAGACAGAUACAUGCCAGUGAAGAUGAUGGUUUAAUUAACCACGCUACGGUCCGGGAUCUGGAUGAAGAUGCCAAGCGAUUGGAGCAAUUCGGUGAAGAACUUGAAGGUGAAUGAGUUAAUGAGAACAGUAUUGAACCAGAUUCAGAGUUCCUAGCAAAUCCAUGCCUUGAAAUAUUGCAAGAACGCCGAAGCUCAUGGAUUACUCUGUCAAUGCCAUCACUUUUUGCAGUUUUUCAAUGAUAUAUUAGUUCUCUUGUAUCGUUGGAAAAGAAAAUGGAAAUGAGAGGAAGAAAUAACUAACUAAUUUGGCUACCCAUCUUAUUUGGAAAAUUGUGACAUUUGCUGCGUGCAGCAUCCAAAUCAUGCAUAUUGUGACACAUGACAUUAUAGUUAGAUUUGAACAGUUUGAUUAAUUUAAUGACUUACUUUAGCCAUUGGGAUAUUA